AUGGGUAGACGUAAAAUCGAAAUCGAACCUAUAACAGAGGAUAGGAACAGAACUGUAACAUUCAUUAAACGUAAAGCAGGACUGUUCAAAAAAGCUCAUGAACUGUCUGUGCUAUGUCAAGUGGAUGUCGCUUUGAUCAUAUUGGGCUCAAAUAACACGUUCUAUGAGUACUCUUCCGUUGAUAUGGGUGAUCUCUUGGAACAUUACAAACUCAAUAGUACUUUAAGACAUAGUGUGAAGGAACCAUCAGAUUUUGGUGAUUUUCAAAAGAAACCCCGUGUGAUAUUGAAUCCAAAAUCUAGAAGGAAAAGACAGAACCAUCAUUAUCAGCCUGUCCUUAACACAUCUUUAAGCUCUAACCCUGUUACCUCUGAAACGCAUUCCAACUAUCAUGAUAUACAUAUCAAUAAUGCUGUACAUAUGAGCAGCAGUGUACAUUCUCGCCAUUCGGUGAAGAGACCACGACUCGAUGAUUCCAUUCAUUCAUCAAUAAGCAAUACUCAUAGGAAUACUCCAUCGUUUACUUUCCAACAAAGUCCAGAGACAAGACAAACUCCCCAGUUGUAUGUGACAGGACCAGUACCUUCUCCUCCAUUACUGCAUCAGAAUAAUCAGUCUGUAAAUAGACCCGAAUUGAGCGUGGAAAUCCCUAAUGGUACACUCAUUGAAAAUCAGUUUCAUAGUAAUGUAAAUUCAAAUUCGCAAGCGUCCACGCCAAAUUUACUUCCUCCUCAAGAAAGCUCAAGAAUCAACAUGACACCACCAUACAUCGAAACAGACGUAUAUUCCCCUAAUAGCAAACCUUCUUCCAUUGUUAUUCAACCACCAAAGAUAAAUACCGUCGACCAGUUUCAGAAUCCUUUCCCAUCAGUUUAUAGCUUCGCAGGCCCAACCCCAACUUCUUUAACCAGUCCACAAUCAUUGCCACAAAUCCAUCAAAUAACUCGCCCGAACACGGUACCAUCCACAGGACAGUUUUCCUUUCCUCAACCUCAGCAACAACGAUUGCAACUAAUCUCGAACGUUUUACCAGGCCAACAUUCCAUACUUAAUAACAGUUUGUCAUCCCAUGUCGCUCAGAUAAGUCUUACACAGGAUAUUCUGAACCCUACACGUUCUACUGUCAUUCAUCCCAACCAGACUAACGUACAGAUACAUAGAGACGACAUCGAAGCUCAGCAUGAUAUGGAAAAGAAGAAGGUUUCAAAUGAGAUCCCACAAAAAAUAACCAUAGAAUCUGAAAAUACUACCGAUACCGGUGGAUCCACAAACUCUAGUGGCACUAAAAACGAUAUUACGGUCAAGCAAGAUCAAGAGCCAUCGAACUACGCUGUAGAACAACGUUCUUCAACCGAACUUUCUGAUAAGAGCAGCCCAGAAAUGAAGGUUACUAAUAGCGAAGUGGUUGAAGCCCUCCAGAAAUAA